AAGAAGAAGAAGACGACGACACUGCGCACUGCAGAUGCUUGUGUACGCGGAGAAGUCGACUGGGAGGACCUGAGUACCUACGUUCAUGACGUUAUAUCAGGUUAUGCACAAGAGUCGUUUCUCGUCAAGCCUGCAGUGAACUAAAGCAAAGAAUGGGAAUAAGUAUGCGCGGUGUUUUUAUCGCUAAAACUGCUUUCACCGGACACCGACUUUUGUUCUUCUGCGGUGUGUUCAGAAGGCAGUAGCUUCGGGAAGCAAACAACCAAGCUAGCACCACAGGCUAGCUUCAUCGAGGCUAGCUUGCUAGCAAAACUGCUAGUGUUAUUGUGGCCCCGCCACGAACCUCCCAGCGAGCAUCUGUCGCAUGCCCAGAAAGAGAAAAUGGUGUACCUUUUGAAUCCUAUAGAGAACCUGAGAAGCUACAUCAAUAACCGUCCACCACUGGUAAUCUUUAUGAUCAGUGUCAGUGCAGUGGCCAUCGCCUUCCUCACCGUCGGUUAUUUCUUCAAGAUUAAGGAGAUCAAGUCUCCAGAGUUAACAGAGGACUGGAACACCUUUCUGCUGCGCUACAAUGAGCUGGACCUUUGUGCGUCAGAGAAUGAAACGAUAAAGCAUGGCUUGAACGAGUCCACUACUCCAGAGAGCAUGGUCGUGACCAGUGGUCAGGCUCGUUCCAGCACCCAGUCUCCCCUCCUGCUAGAGGACUCGGGUCCAAUCAACAUCUCUGUCCCUAUCACUCUUACUCUGGACCCGCAGCGGCCUUUUGGAGGGUACUCUCGCAAUAUCACCCACCUGUAUGCCACAGUCUUGGGGCAACAAGUCGGCCUGUCUGGUCGAGAGGCCCAUGAAGAAAUAAACAUCACUUUCACGCUGCCUGUAUCCUGGAACUCGGAUGACUGUGUACUGCACGGCCACUGCGAGCAGGUGGUGUUCAGCACUUGCAUGACUAUCACGGCAGCCAGCAAUAUCUUCCCAGUCACAGUGCAGCCACCACACUGCGUGCCGGAGACAUACACCAACGCCACAUCUUGGUACAAGGUGUUCACCACAGUCCGUGACUCCGACACCAAGUACAAUCAGGACUACAACCCCUUCUGGUGUUACAAAGGAGCAAUUGGCAAGGUGUACCACGCACUCAACCCAAAGCUCACUGUCAUUGUUCCUGAUGACGACCGUUCGCUCAUCAACCUGCAUCUAAUGCACACGAGCUACUUCCUGUUUGUCAUGGUCAUCACUAUGUUCUGCUAUGCAGUCAUCAAGGGGCGACCUGGCAAAGUGCGACAAACCAACAUCGACUUCUGCCCUGAGAAGGUACAACCGACACCAGCAGUGCUAUAUGACGUGAACAGGUGGCGUUGUCAGAAGGUUAAAACGACAUCUGAGCGCUCUAACAGAACUUAUCUGUAACACGGACAAGUUCAAAGGAAGAAGGAAUAAAAAUAAACAUACCAGUUGCCUAGUGAACCUCGAAAUACAAUAAGGGACACAAAAGCUCUGUGAAUGCAUUACUCUUGCAAUGUUGGGUUUCUCCAACCAAAGAUAUACAAGUGCCUGUAUUUAUGUUGUAAAUAUUUGUAGGAACUCUGAUGUUAAAACCUCUUCCCCUGCUCUGUUUUUCUUCUUUUUUUUUAUUAUUUGCCUGAGCCCCCUUGUGCCAUGUCAGAACAUGCAGUACAUCAACAAAGCAGAAGACCAUGUCCAAGAACCUCACAGCUAUUUUUCCAGCAGUAGUUGGUGUCGUUUUAUCAAGCAACAUUGGAAUGGGAAAACGUGUUUUUAAAAUAUAGAUGUGUGCUAAAAGAAAAACAUUGGUGGCAUUAUCAACGAUCACAUUAUUGAGCUUGUGCUGUAACGGUUUGGAUACAUCUCCCAUGAUGAGAGCAUGCUGUUUAGUCACUUAAGACUGUAUGCUGGUGAACUAAACUGGCCUGAGGGUGGGAUGCUUGUGGUACAUUUAUAAUGAAAUUUGCAUUAUGCACUUGUUACUGCAGCUUUAACAGGGAUGAGAAUAAAUGUAGCACUUUCCUGAUCCACACAGUGGAAGUUAAAAAGAAGCCUGAUUCGGAUUGAGCAUUUCCUUCAGCCAUAGCUUUGCAUCAUUUGAAACUGGGAGAUCAGUUUAAAAGCUCCUUGCCUAACUACAGUACCAUCCACGUUCCCUGUGUCACUAGAUAUUAAAACUGCACAUCAUAUCUGAACGAAUGCGUCCUCAUCAACAGUAAAACUGACAGCUGUCUCAGUUUGUUUAUCAGAAACCUGUUCAGUACUUAGAGGAGCUGCAGAACUUGGCUGAUGCUAAACUGCUGUUCAGACCCUGUCACACACUUUUUCUUUUUUUUUUCCUGCAGCCUCGUCUCCCACAGUUUCCCAUCGCCUCUCGUUUGCAGCCAUUUUGAACCAGUUUAGCAGCUUUGGCGUCGAGCUUAGCUUCGGUCGCGCCUCAGCGAAGCUAAACACUGUCCUGCCUUACUUACACUAUGAUCAGAUGGGCCCUCACGCUCAGGCAUGGGAUCCUGUCUGGUCCCUGCUUCCACAGCCAACCUUGUUUGUUUGUUUGGUCACGAGGAUGAACCUGUGGCGUGAAAGCAGAUGUGAUCUUUUGUUUCGUCGUAUCAAAUGUCAAACUUUAGAAUGCUCUUGAUUUACAUGUGUCUACUUUGGACUGAUCACUUGGUUGCAUGUGUUUUUGUAGUUAAUGUUCCUUCAGACUUUUUGCACAUUUUAUUUUUUUUGUUUGCCUCCCAUGCAGAUUCACAUUUUUGAGAUGGCAUUAAAAUAAAAAAAGGAUUAAUUAUAGAUGGAUUAAAUCAUUAAAAAGCUUUAUUAAUUAAUUUUAACAAAAUGAGCAAAAACUGAAUGUGUGUGACUUUGUCAAAUCUAGAGACAAAGUGAGGUUUUAGACUGUGGUUCUCACCUCUAGACACCCACAAACUAAAACCUGGCAAAGUUUCACAGGAAAUGUGACUUAUUGCGUAAAUGUAGCUUUAAAUGUGAAAUUCCAACUCCAGUAGUUGUCCGAACCGUAGUUCCAGAGCAUGGCUAACGUUGACAAUCAUUUAAUCUACAUCUGCUGCAAAGCCCAUUAGGUUUGUAACACAGAAGAACAGCCACCGUCACGAGCCACUGUCCACUGUGCUGUCCUGACUGUAUAAUGUAGUAAUAAUAAUAAUUUGUCAGCUUCUGUGAAAUCAAACUUCCUUCCUACAGUCUUAAAAGGAAAAUUGGAGAACCCGUAAUCUAAGUCUGCCUGUAAUUCUUGCAUAUGACUCGCAAAAUGGCAGUUGCUGAUCUAUUUUACUUACCUCUGUUAUAAGUUUGUUGAUGUACUUGUUGAAUGUAUUUUUUAUACAUAUUCUAAAUCUGUGAUGCAACAAUUCCAAGAGAUUUUAAAACUGUCGUAGUUUGAUCUUUUGUUCUGUUUGAAAGGCUUUACUUGAAUUGUGUUUUCGAGUGGUUUAUUCUAAGGUUUAUUUUUCUGUGGCUGACAUGCAUCUCGUCACAUUUAAGGUUUUCGAACACUUUGUACAUUUAUAGUUUUGGGUUUUGUAUGUGUGUUAGUGGAUGAGUGAAAGGUGUUGGGUGUUGGUCCUGAUGGUUGUGAUACAUGUUCCCCCACAGUGAAUGGCGCUAGGACAUGUCUUCCUAUUUAGAGGUGUAAAAUAUUCGAGCAUGGGCGUGUUGCUUUUCCUGUCAUCACUAUCCACCAUGUGUUUACAGUAGGACUGAAGCAGUUUUAGACAGCUUCUCAGCUUCUAAUAGACUGUUGGAGAACUAGGAUGUUGGGAGGGAAGCCUGGUUUGGAAGUGAAUGAAGCAUGCCAUGUUAUUGCCAUAUCAUCAUAAUUAAUAUCAGUGUCCUGCAUUGACCUGGGUCUUGUCCUUUUUGGUUAGAAUUGCAACGCUAAUUGCAAAAUGCCUUAACAUUGUUCAGUUCAGUUUGAGUUUUUCAUGUUAUCACAUAUUGUAAAACACACUGACUCUGUAUAAUCGAAUCCAAACGCAUUACUCGUAUCAUCCCUUCUCAGUUACAGGAAGCUCAAAUGACCAGGAUUGUUCAUAAAACUGACUCUUUAGGAGCAGAUUGAAGUUUGAAUCCGCUCCACUAUAUCACUGAGGACUGAAGUAAUGACUGGAGCCAUAUUUGACUUAGUUGCAGCAUCCCGUUGUUCCUUUAAAAGCUGCCAUUGUUUUCCAUGUUAUCCUCUCACUCAUAUUAGCAGCGCUUACAGGCAAAUAUUAAGCCAACUCUGUGCCUUCUGCACCAUCGAGCUGCAUCCUCUUUCCUGUACAUACAGUAGAUAGGACCAUAGGUUUAACGUGGCUAGGAUGUUAUUCAAACCCCUUUCCUCUCCAGUGGAACUGCUGUAAAUGAAUUCAAGUUUAAAUAAAGUGUCUCUGAAGUUCAA